GCGGCUGCAGGCAGAGGACUGGCGGGAGCGUGCUCGAGAUGGCGUCUGCGGACGGCGUGGUUGAGGAAGCUGUUCCGGCGGGGCGACGCAGCAGCGGGAGCAGAGGAGCCGCCCUGAACAACCUCGUCAGCCGCUUGCCGCUCACGCCAUCGCUUUCCCCCCGGAAAAGGACCACCAGCCGGUCGAAAACGGAGCCGCCGCUGCUUCGGACUAGCAAGCGCACCAUCUACACGGCUGGGCGGCCGCCCUGGUACAAUGAGACUGGCACUCCCUUCAAGGAAGCCUUUGUCAUCGGCUUGUGUGGUGGCAGUGCAUCUGGCAAGACUACAGUGGCCAACAAAAUCAUUGAAGCUCUAGAUGUGCCUUGGGUGGUGCUACUCUCCAUGGAUAGCUUCUACAAGGUGCUGAACAAAGAACAGCAGGAGCAAGCGGCCUGUAAUGAAUACAACUUUGACCAUCCUGAUGCCUUUGAUUUUGAUCUGCUCAUCAGUGUCCUACGGAAGUUGAAAGAGGGCAAGAGUGUUAAAGUUCCUGUUUACGAUUUUACCACGCAUAGCCGGCGCAAAGAGUGGAAAACUAUCUAUGGGGCUAAUGUAAUUGUGUUUGAAGGGAUCCUGUCAUUUGCCAAUAAGGAGCUUCUACAGCUCCUGGACAUGAAAGUUUUUGUGGACACAGACUCAGAUAUCCGGCUGGUGCGGCGGUUGAAACGGGACAUCAUGGAACGUGGGCGGGAUGUGGCAGGUGUCAUCAAGCAGUACAGCAAGUUUGUGAAGCCAGCCUUUGAGCAGUACAUUGAGCCUACAAUGCAGGCAGCAGACAUUGUGGUGCCUCGAGGUGGAGAGAACUUUGUGGCUCUGGACUUGAUUGUUCAGCAUGUUCAUAGCCAAUUGGAGAAGCGUGAAAUCACAGUCAGAGCAGCCUUGGCCUCUGCUCAUCAGGGACAGCCAUUGCCAACAACCUUAAGUGUCUUGGAAAGCACACCGCAGGUUCGGGGGAUGCACACUAUCAUCAGGAACAAGGACACUAGCAGGGAUGAAUUCAUAUUCUAUUCCAAGCGUCUCAUGCGGCUGCUGAUUGAACAUGCCCUUUCCUUUCUACCACUCAAGAUCACCGGAGUCUCCAUCCUGAGAGCAGGUGAGACCAUGGAGCAGGCUCUUACAGCUGUCUGCAAAGACAUCCGCCUGGGAAAGAUUCUCAUCCAAACCAACCAUGACACAGGGGAACCUGAGCUACAUUAUCUCAGGCUGCCCAAAGAGAUCAGCGAAGACUACGUCAUCCUGAUGGAUAGCACUGUGUCUACAGGGGCUGCUGCCAUGAUGGCUAUUCGGGUGCUGCUGGAUCACGACGUGCAAGAGGAUAGGAUCUUCUUACUCUCUCUGCUGAUGGCAGAGAUGGGAGUCCAUUCUGUGGCUUAUGCUUUUCCCCGUGUACGUAUCAUCACCACAGCUGUGGACAAGAGAGUCAAUGAGGAAUUCCACAUCAUCCCUGGCAUUGGUAACUUUGGAGACCGUUAUUUUGGCACCGAUGGCACCAUACCCUGGUAUGAGAAUGAUGACAUGGAUUGCUGACCUAAUCCUGCCAGGCAAGGCCUUGUUUCUUGAGUAGUGGGUGUCUCUUCUUGGUGCAACUACAGGCAUGAUGCAGUUGCCCUGGUCUCUUCUUGUCACAGCUACAAGCUCUACUAGUCUGCUCAGCAGUGGUACAAUCUUGACGGCGCUUCCUGCUGUAAUACAUCAGCUGGGAUGGAAACAUUGCUGCUGCUGCCUUCCUAUUCACAGUCCCCUUCAUAUUUAUUGGUAUUUAUUGGGGCACUUCACUGCUAGUACUGCUUGCCCAUCUUCCCAGUGCUGAUUAGCUUCAGCAGCAUAUAGUCCCCUAUCAAGGAUGCUGUAAGAGAGUAUAUCUCUGCAGAUCCACUGGAUGAUUCUUCACUGGCCUGGUGAGCUACUGUGCCCUUUUAUAUGUGUUUCUUCACUGGCUGAGGUGCAAUGCAAGCAGGCUUCUGCACUUUGGCCUGGGCUUCCUCUCUGGAAUAAUUUGUGACUUGCUGACUUAUUCAGGAUUCUGUGAUCCUGACAGCUGUAUGUAAAUUGCACUUGUCCUCCCUAAUUUGUGACUACACAGGCAUUUGGGACCAUAGUGCUGCUAGAGGCAAGUGCACUACCCUUGGAAGCCACCACUACUCUUAGGGGAAGCUGGAGCUACAUUUGCCUUCCACAAAGUCGCUGUUUGGCCUAACAUUAGGCCCCGAACCUGUAUUCCCUUGUCCUGAUCUGUUUCUCAGUACUGUACUCAGCUGACUGUUUUUUUUUUAAUGCCAUAAUAAAGAUUUACAAUGCUG